AUGGCAGGCGGUGGCCGCGCCAACGAAAUUCCUUUACUGCGCAUUCCGCAAGUACGGUUCGGAGACUGUGAAGCCAGCGAAGCGCCAGAAAGUGUGGAGCAGCGCUGGGCAGAGGAGGAGCGGAAGCGUUUCGCCCUUGGCGCCGCACCAUCUAUGGGCCGUUGGUGCCGCCAUCCUUGGUGCCAGGCGCAGGUCAAGGUGGAGGAUCAGCUUGGGCCAACGCCACGAAAAACCACUCGUCGCCCAGGGGAGGUGCACUGGGAGAUGACGGACUUUUCCGUCACUACGCAGAGCACACCGCAAAGCACGCCAGGUGUGCCCUUUAAGCCGCAGUCUGGUGUUGAAAACCGACGCCAAGUCAUACUGCAAGUCCAUGUUCCUGGCAACCUGGUUCCAUCCGAAGAUGCGUAUCAGAGUGCCAUCCAGGGUCAGAGAAUUCUGGAGGACGGGGCGAGAAAGAAUUGCAGGAAUCCUGCAGAUGACACCCCAGGAAAUCCGGAUGCGAAGCUGCAUUUACCGGUGAAAAGUGAAAAAAAUGCGCAUACGGCGGCCCGAUUUUCGGCUGCCAGUCCGCUCGAGGGCAGAGGGAGUUCCGUGAAUGCCAAAGCUUUCAUGCACAGCAGACACGGCCAUCAAAACUGCAGCUUCUUCGGACACCAUGGCGAGACGUUUGAAGAAAUUCUGGGAUCCUGUCAGCCCCGAGGACCUGGGCCUUUGCAAAAAGCAAUGUUCCUGAGAGCAGCAGCUUGCCUUGGAGUGGGUUGCCGCUGGUCCCUUUCUACUCUGACAGCACGGCCAUGCGCCCGGUCCUACAGCGCUGGCAGUGGUUCCAUUGUGGAAGCCGAAAGCUUGGCCAAGGGAAAGAGCCUUCAUGCUUUUGAGGUGAGCGUGCGACAAUCACAGAUCGCUCCAGAUUGUGGCAAGGGAGUGUUUGUUUCUGCUUCUGACGCGCCUGUUGGCGCUUUGGUGGCCCUCUAUGCGGGUGUUUGGUUUCCGAACGUUCCAAGGGCCCAUUUCUUGGACGAUGACAUAUGUUCUUGGGUGACUGUGAUGGACCUUCACGGCCCAGAAGCGGUGGAUCCUGAGUUAGCUGGAUGUGAAGUUGCAGAUGUGGCAUCUCAGCGCGUAGCUUACCGACUCUUCUGCGACGGUGGCAUCCUAGAUGGAUUUCAAGCUGAGCGACGCGUGCGUCGAGCUGGGCUCCAAAGUCCUUUCGCUGUUGGGCAGCUGGUGAACCAUCCGCCCCAGGGCAUCGAAGCAAAUGUUCAGAUUCUGGAAAUCAGUGAGCCCCUGGACGAGACGUGGGCGGUGAGUCGGCUGCACCAGGGUCUCUGGUAUCUGGAUCGCACCUGGAGUCCUGUGAACGUGCCACAGGGCAGGGCGCAUGGCGCAAUGCGAGCUCCAACCGUGGCCAUGGAGGCGCUUCGUGAGUUGCGUGUGGGAGAGGAGCUGUUCUUAGACUACAAACUGCGGCCGCCACAUCCUCCCUGGUAUACGCCGAGAUGACAAGGCCGUUAAACUUCCAGAGCAUGUUGGGCAAUUUGCUGUACUACCUGGAGGAAGAGGAAGAAGAAGACCGGAUGAAGCAAAUGAUCAAAUGCGCGCCAGAGGAUUUGCUCUCUGAGAUGGCUGUCCAAGCUGGACAAGACUAGGCCCUAGGUGUUGCUCUGUUCACUUCAUCUGCCAGGGUUCCUCCACCCCGUAAAUUAUAGCCACAAGUGAGAGG